GGGUAUUUUCCUCUAAAGACAUGCAAAGCAAAACAAACAUGUAUGUAUUUACUGUAGGUUACACGUUGAGCAGCGAUCAUCAACUGGCGGCCCGCGGGCCACAUCCGGCCCGCAGAAUGGCCACUGAUGAAAAUAUUGCACUAUUAAUGUAAUUGCAGUAUUAGAUACUGUGCAUCUGUGGCGAAAUUCACAGUAAAAUGCUCUAUCACGUUACUGCUAAUGCAAACUGAACAUUUACUACUGCUGCACCUUAACAUUAAAAGCAUCUAACUGGCGUUGACUUUUAUUUUGAAGUAGCCUACUCAUGAAAAAAAAAAAUAUUGUAAGUUGCGUUCCCACCGAAAGCAAAUCCAACGUUUUGGGCGGCUUGAUUACAUACAAAGUCAAAGCAAAGACGCGAAUUUGCUCCGGGCAGCGCGAAUGAUGCGUUUGUCGUGCAGUUCGCUGGUUCGCGCGAGUUCAAAUUUUUCAACUUGGGCGAGAAAUUCGCGUGAGCGAUGUUACGAAAGCCUAUCAGUGGUGAGAUAGUCCAAACGUCACCAGCGGCUUCGGGGCGUUGCUUGGAGAGGACCAGGCGAGCGGUGUAAUGACAAUCCACUGGCCGACGGGGAGCUGCUAAAGAACGGGGAAGUGGACGGGGAGUAGUGCUGCAGCUUUCGGACAAAUAAACACCCGUAGUAGUCUGGAUUCUGCUCUGACAACUACGCCGUUUACCAGCGGGAGGAGAAAGCUGGACAUUACUUGGAGAAAAGAAAGAGAGGAAGUUGAACUACCUUGUUUAGAAAAUGUGUCUAACUUUAUUCCGAACAGGUUAGCAUAGCCCUGAUCAAUCCGAACUCCAUUCAGAAAACACGUAUUUUAAAAGUUGUUGUCCUGCUGACAGACCUGACAAAGUAUGAAUUCAUAUGUCUAACAAAACGGCAUCCUAUUGUAGUUAUCUCGGCAUAAGUUUGAUUCGUUUAUUGCUAUUGCAGCCAAGUGUUUAUUUAGUGUUCAUAUAGCUGUAGUAUCCGCGGGCUGUGUUUCUUCGCUUACAACGCGCGUGUGUGAACACUCAAAAUGUCCAGCGGUGAAACGAGUAAAGCGAGGCGAAUAUUAAAUUCGCUUUCGGUGUGAAGGCAGCUAAAUAUAAAUCAUUUCUUUAGCUGCCCCAGACUUCUGUGGGUUAAUAGUAGGCCUAUUAAACCGCAUUUGCUUUUACCACCGUAACUACAGGUGUCACAUGCACUAUUAAUGUUGCAAAUAGGCUGAAUAGCAGACUGACUUGGAUGGAUUUGGCAUAUUUUAGGAGUCUGUUCACAGUGAUAUAUGCUAAUAAAAAACAUUUGGUUUGUAAAAUUGAAAAUUUUAAACACUAGUAUGCUAAUUAAGUCUAAAUAAAAAACUUUUUAUAAUGUCCGGGCUUGCGGCAUCUGCUUAGAGAAAGUCUAUCCCUUGAGCAGAAGUAGUUGAGGAGCCCUGAUGUAGAGGAUAGAUAUUUCUGUUCAGCAGUGCUGGUCAUCCCUGUCUUCUGCAUUUGGCAUUCAUCCACAUCACAACUUAGGCCUACUCACCUGGGUAAUAAUCUUUUUGCGUGCCUGAUCUAAUCCAUCCAUCACAAUCUUCCAUCAUCCACUAAAGAUGGGCAUCUGAUGAUGUGUAUUGUGGUCAUUAACUUUCCUCCACGAUGAAGAAAGUAAUUCCUUCACAGGGUUGUAUUUAGUGGAUGUAGUAUCAUUUACAGAAAUCCUGUGUUAUGUUAUGGGUUUGAAUGUUAGCAGUUUUUAUGUAAAAUACUAUGUACCCAUGCAAAAUAGUAUCUAGAAACCUGAAAAACAAAAUCAUGAAAGAGACUAUGGACCAAUCACAGUUCAAUGCGUACACCAUGUGACCUAAAUGACAAUGCCGGAAGUUGACAUGAGGCGCUGAUCGGAUGACACAUGAAAGUCAACGGCAGGUCUGUCAGAGUCUGUGCCAGCUUGCCACCAUCCUCCUCAGCUGAAACAGCGUACAGAUGGCAAGGAGCCUCGGUCGAAUAUUCAAGGGCUUUCAACGCCUCGGCUCACGCUCAUCCAUACAGACUCAACUCAGCAGCCAUCCGCCUGCCAGCGUUUCAUUCAGGACCAGCUUUGUACGGACGGUGGUGAAUCCAUCGGCCUUCUCCUCCAAGCCACGGGACUUCAGCUUGCCGAACUCCUCAUGGGGCCCAGAAAUGAUGCGGUUGUACGAGCAUUAUAACAGUCUGUGUGAGGUGGAGACAGAGGGGGGAGAGAAACAGGAAGGCCCAUGGAGGAGACUGCCAAGCUACAAUCGCCUCCUCAAAUAUGCUACAGGUGGAGUGCAUCUUAGUAAAAUGAUCCAGUCAAAAGCUCGUCUUUUUACCCGGAACAUGAGAGACCCCGGGGCAGCAUUUGAGUAUGUUUUGUUUGUUAACAGUGAGGAGCAGAAGUGUGUGUGCAUUUUCCAGGCAGGACAUCUACUGGAGGGGCCACCAGGAUAUGUCCAUGGGGGGGCGAUAGCCACUAUGAUUGAUACUGUGACAGGGAGUCUCGCUACUCUGCUCUCUGGACCUGUGAUGACUGCCAAUCUCAACAUCAACUACCGCAGCCCCAUCCCACUGGGAAGCACAGUGUUGCUUGAAUCCUGUCUGGAUAAGAAGGAAGGCAGAAAAACAUAUAUUUCGUGUAAAGUGACCAGCACUGACGGCUCCAGAGUGCACACAGAAACAACAGCACUGUUCCUGUCAGUCAAUGUCAGCCACCUACUACUGGGAGUAUGAUACAAACGCACCAGUCUACUAUUUACCCAAGCACUGUCAGCAAGCAGAGGCCACAACGAGUGUGUGUGAGUGUGUGAUUAGUUUGGAGAAUUGUUUGGGGGAGUGUGUACUUGGUGAUUUAAGAGAUAACUUGUCUAAAUAUGACAUUGUUUUACACAAACUUUUUUAAUAUAUCCUAAUAUUCAUGUAUCUCUGCUGGCCAAUAUGCUAUUACUAACAAACAUUUAAGUUUCAUGAAGUACUUUUACAUGACUACCUCUGCUUAGUGUUACUAACACACUGACAGUACAUAUCUAAACAGUAUUUAUUGAACUAAAUGUACUUAUUGUAAUGUUUACAAUAUUGAUAGUUUUAUGUAACACUGGGGCCUUUUUAGAAGUGAAGUUAUUGCUCAAAAUGUACAUGACUAUUUAGUUUUCUCCAAUAUAUUCCUUGCCUAUUGGUAUUGUAUAUGGUAUGUAUGUGUUUGUUUGAUUUUCAACAAGUGAAAUUGUUUGCAACAGGAAAUAAAAUUGCAUUGUUUUUUUGGUUAAUAUAUUGAGGUUUUUGCUUCAGAAUAAAAAAAAAAGAAUGAAUUAGA